AUGGCUUUCCGCAACGGGUCCUUUGCGACCUUUCUCAUUGUGUGCCCCAUCAGCUUCUUCCUCGGCAUCAUCUUCUCCCUCUUCCCCUACGACUACCCGAUCCUGUGGUCCACGACCCCGACGCCCGCCACGCACUUCGACUACUUUGAAUCCCACCUCCGCUUCCUGCACGCCUCCCCGCCCCUCAUCCCGCGCAUCCUCCACAUCGUCAUCUUUUUGGGGUUGGCCGGCCUCGUGACCAAGCUCUACCGCCCCUCGGAGAGCAAUAUGCUCUUCGACGGCGCCAGUCUGGUGCUGUACAUGUGCGGCGUGACGGUGUACAUUGCAAACAUCGUGAAGGGCUUGCGGUUGGUCAGCGCGGGCACCUACGGCGAUGAUCUCCUCGCUGCGACCACCGCCGCUGCCGCUACUGCGGGGGGUGACGCGCCCGCCGAGGAAGGCCAGAUCCUCGGUCGCGAGGACUCGCUGAAGGUCCUCGCGGCCAGUAACACGAUCCUGGCGCUGGUGCUGGUGGGCGUGCUGGUCUUGCAGGCGGGUCAGUGGUAUGCCGAGCGGAAGGAGGCGCAGGAGCUGGCGAGUUUUAAG